AUGUUGCGACAAGGCCUCUCUGCCUCGUCCCGGGCUCUGCGCUCGAUACCCCGACUGGUGGCCAACGAGCCUCCUCUUCGCCCACAGCUGCAGACAGCUUCGCCCGCUUUCCUGCUGAGGCCGGCUCGCCCCGCCGCAACCAGAUGGUACAGCGACGCCCAGGCCACACCAACCGAGGGCCAGAGUGACAAGGCCGAGGCCAAGGAGCAAGACGGCGCGGCUGAUGCCGUGUCGGAGCUCAAGAAGGCGCUCGAGGCCAAGGAGAACGAGGCCAAGGAAUGGAAGGACAAGUGCCUUCGGACCGUGGCCGACUUCCGCAACCUCCAAGAUCGCACUCAGCGCGAGGUCAAGACGGCUCGCGACUUCGCCAUCCAGAGGUUCGCAAAGGACCUCGUCGACAGCGUCGACAACCUUGACCGCGCUCUGACCACGGUCCCGGCCAACAAGCUCACCACGCCCGACAAGAACGAGGACAUCCAGGACCUUGUCAACCUCCACGAGGGCCUCAAGAUGACCGAGACCAUCCUCAUGCAGACCCUCGCCAAGCACGGCCUCGAGCGGCUCGACCCCCAAGGCGACAAGUUCGACCCCAACGAGCACGAAGCCACCUUCAUGGCUCCCCAGCCGGACAAAGACAACAACACCGUCUUCCACGUCCAGCAAAAGGGCUUCAAGCUCAACGGCCGCGUCCUGCGCGCCGCAAAGGUCGGCGUCGUCAAGAACAGCUAG